AUGGCAAAGGUCAAGAAGCAAUCAUCUCCAAAACAGCAGCAACAGCAAAAGAGAAAGGCUUCGGCAAGGAAAGGAUCUGUGACAAAACCGAGGCCGACUAAGGAGCAAAUCGAAGAAGCUGCACGUGGACUGAAGUCCUUGAAAAAAUAUAUCGCUAAGCAACAAGCCAAAACAUCCACCGCUCUUAACGAUGAAGACCGAGCUCCUAGUCCAAUUGCCCUUGUAACUGAAGCGAUACGGAGCCUAACUUUGGAAACUGCCCCCAACAUCUGUGAAGAAGUUCCCGUUGCAAGCACGCAUUUAGUGGAUGCAGCAUUAACAAAGGACAAAGAAGUAGUAGAGAAGGACAAAGAAGCAGUGGCGAAGGAGGAGAUAACAGUGCUGAAGUACAGAGUUAUUCCUUGGUCUUCGUUGGGACCACACGGAAGAGUAGUGUCAGAAGUUAGAAACAGAAGACCUGCGACAAGGACACAUGCACAGAGGAGUGUGUACUAUAGAGUUCUUUAG